AUGGCAGCAGCACAGCCCCAUGUCACAGCCCAGAUACAGCCCCGUCACUACUCACAGCCAGAUGAGGGCUUAUCCGUCCCAGUUUCGUCCCAGUCACACAAGAGGGUCGUGUCUGCCCCUCCCGGAACGGUCCUCAACAGCGCCGUGCCGAACCACGUCUACUCUGGCCACCACGGAAGUCGCUACGGCAGCAUCACAUCUGAGCCUGCCGAACUCCGCGUCAUGGAGCACGCAAGGGCCUCGGAACCAGGAGUUUCCUCCUCCCCCUCCAUGUCUCCCGCUGCCGAGGCAACCAUCCACGUCCGCCACCACGACGGUCCGUCGGUGAUCCGAAGCUCUCCCGAUUCCCCCGAGGCGGCCGUCUCUUCCGGGAGCCAGCCCUCCCCCCUCCGCUGCAUGUACACGGAGAACUGCGACACGAACGCUCAGCCCCGCAAGGUCAUCACGCACUUCUUCGGCCGCAACAAGUCGUGCACCAUGAUGAUCCCCCCUGAGGUGUGGGUUCACUACUGCCGCAAGCACUACCAGCGGGUCCGGUACCGCAAUUUCGAGAACUUUCCCCUCGUGCAGAUCGACCUGGUGCGCACCCAGGUCGAGAGGAUCGACGCCUGGAGUCGGGAUAAUCAGCACAGAAACUCCAGCUCCGGCUCCGGCGAGCCCGGCAGGAGCCGCCGCUACGUCAAGGCCUGGACCCUCGCCCUGCGCAAGCGCGAGCAGAGGCGUCUGGGCAGCAGGGGUGGUGGCAGUGCCAGCGAUGCCUCUGCUGCCACCGCUGCGGUAGCUGCAGCGGCAGAGGAUGACAGUACCGAAGAGUCAACGUCUGCCCCCCAGUGGAUCAGGCAGAGCGUCGGAAACGGCUACACGACCGGCCAGAUUCUGUCCAUCGUGGAGCGUCUCAAGGACGAGCUCGUGGCCGAGGCCCUCGACGCCAUCCCGGACAUCGAGUUCCUCCCCGAGAUCUUUGACGAGUCACUCGAAGUCCCCGGAGGCGGCGCCGGCCCGGGAAGCACCGGCAGGAACCGCUCCUCGUCCGCCAGGUCGGCCAGCGGCGCCACCACGACGCGCAAGUACAACAAGCGCAAGUCCUCGGACAGCAUGGCCGCCUCGGACAAGCGUCCCCGCAUGACGGCCGACGAGGCCUACACCCCCCACUCCACCAUGGUGUACCCCGAGCACCAGAGCUACCAGCCGCAGUACCGGACCGGCAGCGGCGGCGGCCACUACGUCCUCGGCGGCGGGGACGAGCACGCCUGGAGAGCCCCGUCCGCACACGUGUACCACCACCAAGAUCAGCACCACGCGACGCCCAGGGAGACUUCGGUGCCUAGGCUCCCCUUCAACGACCUGCACAGGUGCUGCCAGGUCUGCGGCCUCGCCAAGGGUGCACCUUCCGCCACCUAG